AUGCCAUCCGUACCACCAACAUCAAUAGCAACACGUAAACGUACUCGAUCUACAAAUGUUUCUGAAAAUAAUCAUGAUCAUCAACAAACAGCAUCAUCAAGUACAUUACCAACAACAAUAACAACAUCAAUUAAUAAUACUAAUUCAUCUCAUUUAACAACUACAGCUGCUGUUAAUGCUCCACCCAAACGUCAACGUAAUAAUCCACCACCAACAGGACCACCUCCACCGAUUGCACCACGUACAACUUAUUCAUUUCGAAAUCGUUCUUUAACACCUGAUCCUCGUCAUUUGACAACAAGAUUUCCAUCAGUUCAUCCACCACCAUCGAGAUCAAACAAUCGACAACGAUAUAAUUUACGUGCACGUCGUCCUCAAUCACAAGUUCGUCUACCUCAAGUUUCAACAACACAACCAAUUAUACCACCACGUCGUACACGUCCUCCUAUUCCGCCUAUAAAUCAAACAAUACCAUCAUCAGCAUCAUCGUCUACUAUUGUCAAUCAAUCAUCAUCUUUAACUCUUCAAUCUUCUACUUCUGUAUCACCACCGACACCACGACCACUAUCUGUAAUUCCACCAAUCAUAAAUCCAACACCACCUGUUAUUCAACCACGACAAUAUCGUCUUGUUUAUAUAUCUGAUGAUGAUGAUGAACCACAAGCAACAGCAACUGUUGUUAAUACAACAUUUGAUUUAGUAACAGAAGAUGAAGAUGAUGAAUUAAUAAGAUCACAUAUUGCAGCUCGUCAUCGAUUGUCAAGAUCAACAACUGGUAUUGGUCUUAAUACACGUUUACGUACAAGUGCAGCAAUGCCAUCAAGUGCAACAAGUACAUCAUCAUCAUCAUCAUCAUCAUCGAAUUCAUCAAAUUCAACAACAGCAACAAUAAAUACUCAAGAUUUUGUUAGUGGUGUUGCUUAUGUGCGGUUAAAUCGUGCUAUUGAAAUCGUUAUUGAUUCUAUUCAAUCACUUGAAGGUGCUGUUAAUAGUUUUGAUCAACUUGUUUUUGGUCUUAUUUAUGGUCGUUUGGGUACAAGAGAUGAAUCUGAAAGUAUUGAGGGUAUGAUUCGUUUGUCACGUAUACUUAAUCUUAGUUUACCAUCACGAUUAAGUCAAGAUGAAAUAGAUGCACUACCAAAAAUCAUUUUUGUCAACAAACCUGGUUCAACAUCAUCAAUACUUUUAGCUGAAAAAUGUCCGAUAUGUUUAACUGAAUUUGAUGAUCAAGAAACAAUUAAUAAAUUACAUUGUACACAUUUAUUUCAUCCACAAUGUAUUUCAACUUGGCUUAGUGAAAAUGAUUCUUGUCCAACAUGUCGCCGUAAAGUAAUGGGUGAUUAA